AUGAUUAAUUUUCUACAGUCUGUAGCUAAAGCAGAAUGUAGGCUCAGUGGAACACAAGUGUUUUCUAUUGUAAUAGGUUUUUCCAUUGGAUUUUCCUUGAACUAUUAUUAUUUUUUACUAUCGAGAAAUUUGGGGUUAAGCCAAAACAUAAAUAUUCCACCAAGCGCAGAUCACAAAAUAAACCCUGAUGCGUUCGAUCAUAAGGAUGAAAAUCGAACUAUAGCUGACGAGUUAUACAAGCGAGUCAGGAUACUCUGUUGGGUGAUGACUCAUCCGAAGAAUCACAAAGCCAAGGCUGCCUACAUUAAAGCGACUUGGGGGAAGAGAUGUAAUGUACUUCUGUUUAUGAGCACAUCGAAAGAUCCCAAUUUGCCAACGGUGGAGUUGCCAGUGAGCGAAGGCCGGGACCACCUGUGGGCGAAGACCAAGGAGGCGUUCCGCUACGUGUACGAGCGACACCGGAGGGACGCAGACUGGUUCCUCAAGGCGGACGACGACACAUACGUGAUUGUAGAAAACCUCAGAUACAUGCUGGCAGAUUAUGACACGUUGGACCCCUUGUAUUUCGGUUGUCGUUACAAGAAAUUUGUAAAGCAGGGCUUCAUGAGCGGUGGCGCUGGUUAUGUGAUCAGCAAGGAAGCCCUCACAAGAUUUGUACAGACAGGUCUGUCAUCGCCAAAACUAUGUUCAGACGAUGAUCGUGGGGCCGAGGACUUAGAAUUUGGUCAGUGUCUCCAGAACCUCGGAGUGCUUGCGGUGGACAGCCGAGAUGAGGCCGGGCGCGGGCGGUUCUUCCCAUUCCUCCCGGAAAACCACCUAAUGCCCAGUCAGGAUCCCAAGUUUUGGUACAAUGAAUACGCUUAUUAUGCGUUUCAUGAGGGUUUGAACUGCUGUUCGGACUUCGCCAUCAGUUUCCACUACGUGAGUCCGAAACAGAUGUACGCUUUGGAGUAUUUGAUAUACCACCUGCGACCGUAUGGAAUCGUUUCCGGUCAAGGAGAUGUGGUGCCGAAACGACAAAUAAAGAAAAAUGGUGCGAUUCAUACUCUAUAA